CUCUCGCUUUCUCUCUCGUGUUGAACUGACGACAAGAUCAUCAACAGCAACAUCAUGCUGAGGACUGCUGCAGCUGCUGCUGCUCGCGGAGCCAAAACCUCCCGCAGCGUGGGUUGCCGCGUUGCGGGAGGGAGAGGCUUCUUGACGUGGAACAGCCUACCGGAGGAGCACACGAUGCUUCGAGAUAUGUGCCGCAGCUUUGCGGACAACGAGCUCGCUCCCAACGCCGGAGAGUGGGACAAGAACCAUGCCUUUCCUAAGGAUCAGGUUGCUCAGCUAGGCGAACUUGGGUUGAUGGGAGUGGCUAUUAGCGAAGAGGACGGUGGCACUGGCCUGGACUACCUGGCGUACGCGAUCGCGAUGGAGGAAAUCAGCAGAGGCUGCGCAUCCACAGGGGUGAUCAUGAGUGUCAACAACUCUUUGUACUGCGCCCCGAUAGAAAAGUUCGGGAGCCCGGAGCAGAAGGACGAACACCUCAAGCCCUUUGCGUCUGGCGCGUCGUUGGGGUGCUUUGCCCUCUCGGAGCCUGGGAACGGGAGCGACGCAGGCGCGGCGCGAACGACGGCUCGACUCGAGGGCGACCAGUGGGUGCUCGACGGGACCAAGGCCUGGAUCACCAACGCGCACGACGCUCAGUCAUCCAUCGUCUUCGCCACCACCGACAGCUCCAAAAAGCACAAGGGGAUCAGCGCCUUCAUAGUUCCGUUGGAAACCCCAGGCAUGUCCUUGGGGAAGAAGGAGGACAAGUUGGGCAUCAGGGCGUCCUCCACCGCUAACCUCAUCAUGGAGGGCUGCAGGGUCCCCAAGGCUAACCUGCUCGGGGAAGAGGGGAUGGGCUUCAAGAUUGCCAUGGGAACUCUAGACGCGGGAAGAAUCGGGAUCGCUGGGCAGGCUCUGGGAAUUGCCGCAGCAAGCUUGGACUGCGCCGUGAAGUACUCCAUGGAGAGGAAGUCGUUCGGACAGCCCAUCUGCGGCCUUUACGCGAUACAGAGCAAGAUUUCCGAGAUGAGCAUGAAGCUUGACGCUGCCCGUCUGCUAACUUGGAAGGCUGCGGCGGCCCGCGAUGCCGGAGAGAACUACACCAAGGAGGCGGCGAUGGCCAAGCUCUUUGCCUCCGAGACAGCUACCUUCUGCUCGCAUGCGGCUAUUCAGGUCUUGGGAGGAAUGGGAUACGUGUCAGAGAUGCCCGCCGAACGCCAUUACCGAGACGCCCGCAUCACCGAAAUCUACGAAGGGACCUCCGAAAUCCAGCACAUGGUUAUCGCAGGAAGCGUCGUCAAGGAGUACAACUAGCCACCGGCGCCAAGCACUUGGUGUAGAUUUUUUUUUACUUGAUGUGGCCGUGCGGGCGUCCAUUCGCUGAUGAUGGGCACAUCGGGAUAUCGAUUAUGCGUGUCACGGGUUUGGUUGCAUUGGAACCCCCGCAUAUUUUUGUUCCUGUCGAUGUGGCGGGGCAGCAGACACGACGUGUUCGUGUUGCGAAAAGGCCGUGUGCGCCGUAGACUCGAGUCUCACACAACAACCGUCCCGUCGACCUUGUAGACAACAGAACGAAAAAAAAGCAGAGCAACCUUAAGCAGCGCGGAUACGAUACGAAGUGAAGUACGCACCAAUUAAUCAUGUGAGGGAGUCUGGAAGUUCAGAUGGCGCCCGCACUUAAGAACCGCUUACAAAGUGGUGGCCAAGGCUCGAUGCUUAUUGGCUGCCUCAAAUUGAGCACCUGUUCUUAUUUUCAAAGUUCUUAUUUCGAGCAGGCAUGUCCGUAUGAUACACGGGGUUCUUGUUCUUAUUUCUACGCCGAGGGCCCCAUUCGGAGGACUUUUUUCUUUCCUGGGUGGAUUCAGCCUGACACUUGAGAGCAGCGUGUUCAUAAAACAGAGUGUAAUAAUAGAAGGUCGCUCAACAGAGACCUCUGGAAUAUUGACGUACCGCAGAUCACGAUAGGGUAGAGUUAAAUACAGACGCGGUAUCGCCUGAAAAAAUGACGCACCGG